AGCGGAACACUUAUGAGGGGGAGUUUAUAGAUGAACACCACUUGUUUCCGGUUUUCGUUGUUUUGAAUUAUUUCGAAGCAGCAGCGACAUACUGACAGGGUGAGCUGUGGGUUUAAAGCUCGAACUCAGAGUCACAUUGACUUAUUUCUGGACUUAUUCUUUGACAAUUAUGUCGACACUGUUUCCGUCCCUGCUCCCGCGGGUCACCGAGUCUCUGUGGUUCAACCUGGACAGACCUUGUGUGGACGAGACGGAGCUGCAGCAGCAGGAGCAGCAACAUCAAACUUGGCUACAGAGUAUCGCGGAGAAAGACAACAACUUGAUGCCUAUCGGGAAACCUGUUUUUGAGGCAGGUUAUGAGGAGGAGGAGGAAGAGGAUGAUGAGGAUGAGGAAGACAGUGAGGAAGACUCGGAAGAUGAAGAAGACAUGCAGGACAUGGAUGAGAUGAAUGACUACAACGAGUCGCCUGAUGACGGCGAGAUCAAUGAGGUGGACAUGGAAGGAGCUGACCAAGACCAGGACCAGUGGAUGAUUUAAGCCAAUUUUUUGUCGCAAUCGGCAUCUGGAUUUACACUCCCUACCAAAAAUGUGACUGAUGCCUAACCACUCUGUGACUCAGAUAUGUUUUAAUAUUUGUGUACCUGGGAUGAAAAUUUAAUUGAAACACAUUAAGAUACUUCAGGGAAGAGUUCAGGUGAAUCUUAAGCCGUGAUCCAUCAGUCUUUAAAGCUGUAGACAUGGUUGGACAUUGCUGUGAAGUUUGCUGCCUGGAACACACUUAGAGAUGGGAGAUUUGCGUAUAAAUACUGCCAUUGGUCCGCAUUUCUUGUUUUUAACUGCAGGCUUACUUAACCAAUGCAUCCAGUUAAAGCUGCUCCAAACCUGUCAGGUGCCCUGAUGUAGACCGAGGGACUGUUUUGCACACACUCAACCAAUCUGCAAUCUGCCAUUUAAACCUUGACCUGGUUAUAUCUUAAGUCAUGUGCUAUGGAGACGUUCCGACUUGCUGCUUCAGGGAAUAUUGCUUUAGUCAGCAAAAUAAUUUACCUGUAAAAACAGCCCAUCUUAAAAAAAAAAAAAAAAAACUUUUAUCGCAGUGCUACUGAAUUGUGGUUAUAAACUUUUUUUUUUUUUUAAAGCAUUGUAAAAUAGUAAUAUGUUCAGACAGUUAAAAUGCCUCUGCCUGUCAGCUCUCUUAUCUUCAUGGUUUGCAGCUGGGAACAAAUGCUCUCAUUAAAGUUACAGGUCUCAGUUACAGGUCACCACAAAGAUUCAGUUUUUGAGAGAUUAUUUUUGUUCUAUUUGUAUUUUUGAUUUUGUUUAUUUGCUAUAAAUUAAACAGCUACAUAUUUUA